CUGAUUCAGCCAAUUCGGGAGGGUAUUUGUAUGGCGUGCCCUGCUCGCGCGUGAUUCAAUUCAAAACCGAGAAGAGUUUUUAUCCGUGGGUGUCAGAGCGACGGUUGUCGGUGCGAUCCGGAGGACGAAGUCCCUGCCUGGCUGGUUCUUGUGUAGCUCAGGGAAGAAAGUUUGCCGAAUCUUGGAUGUGCGCUGCCUGACCGCAAGAAUGUCAGCUGAAGUGAAUCUGCCAGAAAAAACAUCACUGACAAACCCCGACAUGGAAAACAAGGAAAAUGCAGAUGGUUCUGCAUGGAACCAAGUGGGUUGUUCUCUGGAAAAAAGUUCAAUGUCUCCAUCAUCCAUGAAUUCAUCUGCUAUCCUGAAGGAAACUUCUAGAGGUGUAAACUGUGGCCCGGAUGCUAUUACAACCACUACCAUUUCCAAAGAUGAGCCUGCUGAAAUGAAGAACCUGCGCAUGUCGUUCAGCCACACAUUCAUACUGAAGAAAAAUGCAAAAGAAAAGCAGUUGAAAACAGCCACACAGAAUUCUAUUGCGUGCCUUCCCAGAAAGUCUGUUCUUGGCUCCUAUCGUGGCAAGAUAGUUUCAUCUAAGAUUAACUCCUUCAGAAAACCACCAGAGGAUGAGGAAAGAAAGUAUUCUUUGACUGCCUCUUCUAAGCCAGUGGCAAAGACUGAAUCCACAAAGGACCAAGUCCCUAACACAGCGAAUGCUUCAAAAUCCGUACAUAUUGUAUCACGUCAAACGAAGCCUCCUGUUAAGGUAUCGGUUUGCCAGCCCAAACCCAUAGUGAACCAUGACAAACCCUCCGUCAAGACGUCAUCAGUUAAUAAAAUGACUGUCCAAAAGCAGCCCAAUAAGAAUUGGAAGCCAGAGUUGAAAACAGUGCCGUGUCAUGCUGCUAAGUCUGAACCAAGACCAAAGAAGUCAGUUCCCCCAACAGGAGCUUUGGCAGGCUCAGUUCCUGGAAGUAAUAAUAUUAUGCGUGCCUCAGUUGGGAACAGGAAAAGUGCUCUGCUCCAAUCUGCAGAAGCAAGAAGGUGUCAACUGGCUGAAUGGCAAACAUCUAAAAGGAAAGCAUUGAAGAAGCCUCCUACUCCCUUAUCAACAGAUGCUCGGCCUGCAACAGAGGUACAGCAAACAGUGAAAGAAACGGUUGAAUCCUUCUGGGCUGCCAUAGCGGAGGAAGAUGAACAACAAUUAUUCAGCGAUACAGUCAAUAAAACCCUCACAGAAUGUCUGUUCUUCAUUGAGAAGGGUUAUUCAUCUGAUAAAAUACAUUCAACUUUGGAAGAGCUAAUACAGAGCAUUCCAGAUGCAAAAAGACUUGCCAAGUACUGGGUAUGCCGGAUGCGCCUUGAACAGUUGGGCACCCUUGAAAAAGUCAUGACUGUAUACGAAGAAGCAAUUCUGGCAGGAGCACAGCCUAGGGAUGAGCUACGUAAUGCUUUAACAGAUGUCAUCAGGGAUAUAAAAAGUCUAUCCAGAUCCAGUGGGGAAUGCUGCAAGGAAGACAUUUGCACCGAAGAAGCAAAUUUGGAUGAGAAAGUGGAAGCCCAGCAAAAUAGUGAGGUGAAACCUAACAACGAAGAGACUUCUCCGAAAGCGGAAGCAUGUCUGAAGCCCAAAGAAGAGAGUUUUCUGGGUGAUGAGGAGCUCAAAAUUAUAAAGUCAAGCCAGAUGCCUAAAGAGUAUAAAAAAGAACAGAAUGUCAGUGAAACACCGAAAAACAUCAUAUUCAAAACCCCAGAAAAUGACAAGGGAUCAUACUCAAUCAAAUAUAAUGUAUCAACUACUCCCUCCUUGAACAGUGUGACAGAAAAACUGCGGAGUGAAAAUAGCAAGACUGCUGUUAAAGAUCUGAAGGUUCUAACCCCAGUGAGACGUUCUCGGCGCCUACACGAGAAGGUGUACAAGUUACCAGAUAUGUUGAAAGAUCACAAUCCCUGCAUUUCUUCACUGGAGCAGCUCGGAGAACUGGGAGGGGAAGCCACUGCCUUCGUCUACAGGCCAAACAGUGCACUACACAAAGUCUUGGAAGGGGAAGAAAACUUGACCUUACAGAAUUAAAAACAAUGUCUUUGGUGCAAGCGUGACUCUCCAAAUCUCUUGGUUAAGAAGAUGUUUAGCACCCUAAAAUAAUAAAAUAUAGAUGUUUUAUGUUACCUAUAUAUGUGUUUGAAAAAAAACAACUAAGUGUGCAAUCCUGAAAACAUUUCUCUGCAAGUCCUUCUCAUAGUUAAGAUUUUAGCCCUCGAAAAUAAUAAAAUAUAGAUGUUUUGUGUUA